AUGAAAAACAUAUCUAGUGGCGAAAUCUGGUCUUGGAACAAGACAGAAGAGAUGAAUUUGGUGCGGGAAUCUCUUAGAAGCUGCAAUUACAUCUCUGUAGACACAGAAUUUCCCGGGUGUCUGAAAGAGACCGCCAUGGAAGCUAGCGAGGAGACCCGUUACCAAAACCUGAGGUUCAAUGUGGACAAAACCAAACCAAUUCAACUGGGUUUCUCCUUAUUCGACAGUGAAGGAGCAAUCAGCGGAACCUGGGAGGUCAAUUUCUCCGACUUCGACGAGACAGAGGAUCUUUGCAACGAGAAGUCCAUCGCCUUCCUCAAGCGCAACGGGCUCGAUUUCAAGAGAAUCAGAGAGGAAGGAGUUGGCAUCAAAGAUUUCUUCACAGAGUUUACUCGGAUGGUUAAAGAUGAAGAAGACAAGAAGAUUAUUAAUUGGGUUACUUUUGAUGGAUCGUACGAUUUAGGUUAUAUAAUUCAAAGCAUGACCGGGCGAGAAAGGCUUCCCGACACGUCUCUUGGGUUUAACGAAACGGUUCAGAAACUCUUAGGGCUAACUUUCGACGUGAAGAAACUUGCGGGACAGUGCAAAGGACUCAACAGCCGUUUCGGGUUGCAAAGAUUAGCUGACGAGCUUGGCAUCAGACGUGUCGGAGAAGCCCAUCACGCUGGCUCCGACAGCCAACUGACGGCUCGUGUGUUCGCUAACAUAAAUCUCACUUUCUCUCGUGACCUAAAGCGGAAGCGAGAACAUGAACGAGAGAUUGUGAUGAUAAGGCGGGAACAUGACCGAUUGCAACAACAUCUUUUUAUGCAGCAAGUGAUGGAACAAGAGAUUCUUAUGCGCAGAUGUGUGCCAAGAAGAUGUUAUGGACCAGUCCAUCCACCUAGACCGAUCAUUUAUGCUCAUUAUCCAUCUCCCCGUGGCUACUUUGUAGUGCCGGUGGCACCUAGAUUGUCAAGGAAUGCAGGACAGUGA